AUGCUACAUUGGUUUGAUAAACCCCAUUUGAGAAAUAUGACUGCAAUUUUAAAAACCAUAUUUGUUCUUCUCUCAAUAAACGGCUCUGUAGCAGGACUUUAUGAGCUUUUUACACCGGAGUCACGAUUAUCUGGAUUUAUCAUGGAAAAGAUUUCUCCGAUUGGAAUGGUCAUGUGUGUUAGAGAAUGUUCGAAAAGACGUUUUUGUGCUUCGCUAAAUUUCAACCGAAAACGAUUAGAAUGUGAGUUGUCACAUAGUGACGUCUCAACAAACCCGUCUAGCAUGGCGUCUGAUCCUGACUUUAUCUACAUUGGAAGGAAUGAAAUUCCACAGGAGUAUUUUGACUCAAAAAUUGCGUCCUGUCCAGCUAGAAGUAGUUCUGUCAGCACAGCAACUGGACCUAAAUGCGUCAAAUCAGAUUGUCCUAUUGAUCACCCUGACACCAAUUCCACUGGGGUCAAGGUCACAUCCACCAAGGUCGGAACUGUCCUAAAUUACACGUGCAACUCGGAUACUUCAGUUGUCUUGACCUCUAAAUGCAGAGGGAAUGGAACUUGGACAUCUUCUGCUUCUUUAUGCCUAGAUAUACCUGAUUGCUUCAAAACACCGGCUUCAUGUUGGUUCCAGUAUAACUUCACUUACGACAACACGUGGGACGGAUGUACCGGGGGAACCCGUUAUGUCCGGAGAACUCAGUAUCCUUCCGCCCCGUACGUGGGCGUGGUUCUAUGUAGUCCUACCAGGUACAAGAUAUUUUUGGGAUCCGCUUUUACGGAUAAGUUUCUCAGCGUUGGUGAUGGUAAUGGUUCAGGGGCGGAUCACUGUGAACUUGUGGGCGGAUACCAAACAGAGGCUAUAAUGGCAAAUGAUUAUUCAACAGCUCCAACUGUUACGGGAUAUAAGCGUUCUAACUGGGGUGAACCUUUCACGGUUGGAACCAUUGGUAAAUCGACAUCUUAUAAGUGCAAUUCAUGGUACGAAUGUGGAAUUACUAUUCCAACACAGCCAGAACCUCCCUGUUUCAACACUUCGACAUCGUGUUGGUAUGAGUAUAGCUUUGUCCAUGAUACUGCGUGGAACGGAUGUACAGGCGGGAAGAGAUACGUCAUGAAGACCAAAUAUACUUCCGCUCCUAUUGUCGGAGUAGAACUUUGCAAUUCAACAAGGUACCAGAUUUUUCUGGGAGGAAAUUUAACAGAUAAAUUUCUUAACAUCGGUGAUGGUUCGGGAGUGGGAAAAGACCACUGUGAAUUGGUUGGGGGACAAGAGAUGGAUGCAGUUCUCCCUGGGACUCACGGCAACGCACCUGCACUGACAGGUUAUGCAAGACUAUCUGUUGGCAAUGAAUUCAACAUACACGCCAUUGCAGGGGGCACUGGUUAUCAUAGUAACCCGUGGUAUGAGUGUGAGGUGCAGAUACCUUGGCCUCACGAACCAGCUUGUAUGAGCGCCACGCCUCCUUGUUGGUACGCCCUCAACGUGUCAGUGGACAACACUCCUAGUCCUUGUACCGGCGGACAGAUACUCGUCAAGAGGACACACUACACAUCGGCUCCCUAUCUUGCCGUGCAGCUGUGCAGUAGUACCAGGUACAAGUUAUUUCUCGGUUCGAGCUUAGGGGCUACGUUCAAGAGCAUAAAAGACACUGGUGGGUAUGGCGAAGAUCAUUGUGAACUCGUCGGCGGAACUGAAGCUAAUGCAGUAGCAGGAGAGUACCCUUUAUCACCGUAUGUUAGAGGCUAUUACAGGUCGAUUGUGGGCCAAACUUUUUGGUAUGGAUGGAUAGAUGAAUAUACCUAUUAUUUACAGUGUGGAGUUUCUAUCCCCGGGACAAAUACUGUGGUCUAGAUAUCAUGUUUGUGUAAGUGAUACGUCAUUUCUCUAUGAUAACUAAGAGUAUUUUACA